UUUUUUAACAAAGGGUCACACUUUCAAUGAUUUUCCCCAAGAGAGUUGGCAGCCCUUUGCUCUAUUCUGUCAAUUAAAUAUUUUUAUGAAACUUGCGGCGUAAAAAGCAAGCGGAAUUGUUACCUUUCCACUUUAUUCGUAUUGAGCGUCAUUUCCCAAUACAAAGUUCGAGAAAAUGGCUCGCCGCUCGAACUUCAUCGAGAGCAACGACAAUUUUCGUGAGCAGAAUUUGCGGUUUGUGAGGAACGAGUUUGAGGACAAUGUCAACCAGUUCUUCGAAGGUGCCAAUCCGGGUGGUGGAAACCAGCAGGGUCCUCCUCGACGGGACUCGCUAAUUGUGCAGCCAACACCAGUUGGUCAAACGGAAGCGUUUCGCAGCAGCAAUCUGGACGCGCGGAGAAAAUUUCUCCUGGAGCUCGGUGCUAAUCGCCAGGUAGCCCACAGCCUGGCAGUGCGCUCCCUCAAAGUCCCUGACUUCAAUUUGCGCGACUUUCAGCGACAGAGGUUCCGGCUCAGUGUCGAGCUGGGCGACAGCCGGCAGGGUGUGGUGGACACGGAAGUGCUGCGCUCCAUCGGCGAGUCUGUAGAAGAGUAUGAACAGGAUCUCAUCAGACCACGCACUCCUCCGCCGCCGAGGAACAUAGAUUGGCACAAGCACUCUCGUGAAGAAUCGCCAGAUAUGGACCAGCGAUCUCGUCCACGAGAACGCCGUGAGAACGGAAACUCUCAGGGAGGCCCAAGUGGAUUUACGGUACAAGGCGAACCGGGUAGGGAGCAUUAUAUCCGUAAUCAAGGACCCUCGAAUGGACCGUCGUUCAACAAUCAAAACAAGCGUAAAAAUGCGAAUCAGGCUCAAGGAAGGGAACCGAAUCGUAAACAACAUCCAAAUGCCAGAAAUAAUUCUAUCUCAAUGCAACAAAAUCAGCAACGCAGAAACCAACAGGAAUUCGAUCAAGACACCCGAAACCUAAACCGAAACCCAAACAGUCGCAAUCCUAAUCAACCAGGUGCGAGUCGAAUCGUUAAUCAGGUGGAGUUCAACCGAAAUACCCACAACGCUGGGCCCAACAAUCCUCCUAAUCCAAAUAAUCGCAACGCUCGCAACCUGGAUCCCCAGGAAAUGAAUCGUAACAACGGGCCACCAAACCGCAAUUUCAAUAAACAAGGACCAUUAGGUCGCAAUUUCCCUGAGGACUUCCAUUCCAGGGCCCAAAACGUGGACCCCGUACCGAUGAAUAGGAAUCGGAAACGGAAUCAUCCGAACGCAAACAACAAUUUCGACGGAAACCAACAAGAAUACAAUCGCAACAAUCGGACUGGUCAUCCAAAUGAUACUAGAUUGAAGCAGAACCGCUAUGGAAACCCUGAUGAACUCAACCACGGGGACUUCAAUCCAAACCACCAACCACAAAAUCGUCAGGGUCCGAACCGCAACCAGAACUUUGAUUUUCGGGGUCAGCAAUCGAACUUUAGAGGCGGACCACCGAACGACGGUGACUUUCACGAUAAUUGGGGGCCUGAGCCCAAUGAUGUCCAAGGAUGUGAGGAUCCUAUGAUGGAUGAAGGAGGAGACAUGGAUUUUGGUAACCCACAACCAUACCAGGAACCUGUACGGCCCAUAAUCGGACGCAACUAUCAACGCAUAGUUCAUGACAACCAAAUAACGAUCUGUCGCACCGACUUGAUAGAUCGGCCGGAAAGAGGGUUCGCGGGCAACCACGGCCGCAACGAGUCCUUUGAGGAGGAGGAUCAAAGAUUCCCCAUUGGAAGAAAUGUUCAUCAUGACCGCUUCCGCGGCGGACACCAGCGGCAAGACAACUUCGAUAGACCAGGUUUCUUCAAUCCUAAUGAAAGCAGCUUCGAGGACCAUCAAAUGGAAGAUGAAGCCUUCAAUGAUCACAAUCGCUACUUGGAUGACGGCGGUCAGCGGGAUCAGGUACCACUACUCGGACAUCAUCGCCACUUUAGUAACGAAGGCGAAAGAGAACGCCGCGACUUCUCUGACCACUUCGAUCGGUCCAAUAAUGACCAUGUUGGUGACAGUCCCCGCAUUUCGCCACGAAAGCAUGGUGUAUACCGGGACUCAAAUAACCCCAACAUUCCACGGAAUCAGUAUCAGGGAGAUCGCGGAUCGCCACCAAAUCGCCGUCGCCACAAUAGUCUGGAGGGCCCAAACAAAGCUAGGAAUGGACCAAGAACAAGCCCAGACCGAAGAAUGGGGAGAAAUACCAACCCGGGAGGGCCAAGAUCCAAUAGCCAAGACGCAAAUCUUCGUGGUCCAAGAGAUUAUGGCUCAGGGAGCCGGGUUCAACACAAGCCCCAAGGAGGAAACCCACACGUUCGUGGUCCAAACCAAAACAGAUCUAAUUCGCCGACGGGUCAAGGCCGAAACUCCAAUUCUGGUGCUCAUCCGCCAAGCCAUUUGGCCAAAAGAAACGAAAACCCACGAGCUGGCCAAAAGAGGGCUGUCGAGACCUCUGGUCGGGAGUCUCAAAAGCGCCGCAGAGUUUCUAAGAGUCCGGCCUUUGUUAUCGGCGGCUUCAGCCUGCCGUACAUCAAAACCAAUCUCAAGCGCCUGCCUCAGCCCGAGGGAGAGUCCUAUGCCGUCACCUUCUUCGAGCAGCAACCGAACUACAACACCAACAUAUACGCCAACGCGAAUGGGGCUAUCGACAACCACGAGGAGUCGGAAUCAGACACGGAGUCAGUAGACUCGAGCCGAUCUGGGAUCGGUGGCAAGGGGGGCGGCAAGAACAAUGGGCGCGCCAACAAAAAGAUUCGCAUGCGCCUCCGCAAAAUGUGGACGAAGAUUUAUAGGGAGCGGAACUACAAGGACUGGAAGGACUGGUGGAAGGACUUCAAGUGGUGCGGCGCCGAAAUCAACAAACAACUCGAGAAGUUCGGAAACAUCAACUUGCAGCAUCGAUUUAGCACAACCUAUAGAAAAGACACGCCGGAGCAAAUCGUCAAUAGGGUUUUAAAGGCGGCCCACAUGGGUCUGGAGAAGAAUACCAACAAGGUGUACCACAACAUGCGUUCGAUAUUCCUGCUCAUGAGCGAGUCUUUUCUGAACAGUCUUUCGGAGGAGCAUAUGGCCCAGGUGCAGGACCUCAUUCGCGGUAUUCCAAACCAUUUGUGGUUGUACAAAAUCCGCAGCAUGAUCUUCCUCUGGAAGAUGAUUCACGACAGUCUCAAGACACGCACCACAACAUUCGUUCAGUCGGUUGGCGAACUGAAAGCUGUUUCUCGCAAUUGGGAGAAUCCCCUGUUUCACUGGCUGGCCAAGCAGGCAUUUGAUGAGCUCAAGGCAAUCAGCGAGAUAGCCUGGCCGGAGCACAACAAAAUCUAUCCAAAGCUGGAAGAAUAAAUAAUUGAUCAUUACUACUAGCCUUAGGUUUACUAAAUUAGUUUCAACGAACUAUGAGUAUAAUUUGUAAACGGAAUAAUGAAACAGCAACAAUAAAGGAACCGUUUAGAUACGAUCGCGUCACAUUUU